AAACAAGAAAAGAAAAGAAGGAGAGUCUGAAAACACCGAAAGAGAAAAGAUCAUGGCGACGAGACCUGUUAUUCGUCCUCAACCACUUAGAGGUGAUCAAGCAAAUAAUCGUCGUGCUCUUGGCGACAUUGGAAACAUCGAUUCUGUUCUUGGAGUCGAAGGAGGAAAGAUUAAUCGCCCAAUUACUCGUAACUUUCGUGCUCAGUUGCUAGAAAGCGCACAAGUUGCAGCCGCCGCUAACAAAAAGGAUCCAAUUCUUGAUGGAGCUACCAAGAAACAAGAAGCUGUAAGAGCGGUUCAAAAGAAAGCACGAGGUGAUAAGCGGGAGCCAUCAAAACCUCAUGAAGUGAUUGUGAUAAGUCCUGAUACUAACGAGGUUGCUAAAGAGAAUGUGUCGUCUAAUAAGAAAGUGACAUACUCUUCAGUUCUUGAUGCUCGUAGCAAGGCUGCUUCUAAGGCUUUGGAUAUCGAUUAUGUGGACAAAGAUAAUGAUCUUGCUGCAGUGGAAUAUGUUGAGGAUAUGUACACUUUCUACAAAGAAGUUGAGAAUGAGAGCAAACCUCAGAUGUAUAUGCAUACACAACCAGAGAUUAAUGAGAAGAUGAGAUCAAUCCUUAUAGAUUGGCUUGUAGAAGUUCAUAUCAAGUUUGAUCUCUCCCCUGAGACUCUUUACCUCACUGUCAACAUAAUUGAUCGUUUUCUAUCUCUGAAGACUGUGCCUAGAAGAGAACUACAGCUUGUAGGUGUUAGUGCUUUGCUUAUAGCUUCGAAAUACGAAGAAAUCUGGCCUCCUCAGGUCAAUGAUUUGGUAUAUGUGACAGAUAACUCCUACAACAGCAAACAGAUUCUAGUGAUGGAGAAAACCAUUUUGGGAAAUCUUGAAUGGUACUUGACAGUUCCAACACAGUAUGUGUUUCUUGUGAGGUUCAUUAAAGCCUCGGGUUCUGACCCGAAAGUGGAGAGCAUGGUUCACUUUCUAGCUGAGUUGGGUUUAAUGCACCACGACAGUUUGAUGUUCUGUCCUUCCAUGUUGGCUGCAUCAGCAGUAUACACAGCCAGAUGUUGCUUGAACAAGACUCCUACGUGGACUGAUACACUGAAAUUCCACACAGGCUAUUCCGAAUCUCAGCUCAUGGAUUGCUCAAAGCUUUUGGCUUUCAUUCACUCGAAAGCGGGGGAGAGCAAGCUACGCGGUGUGUUUAAGAAGUAUUCGAAACUUGGAAGAGGUGCAGUUGCUUUGAUUUCACCAGCCAAAUCGCUUUUGUCGUCUGCUCCAUGAACAAGUCUUGAAAGAAGUCGUCGUGCAAACUCUGCAUUUUAGAUUCUCUAUCUUUUAUCUUUUAUAUGUAAAGGUUUUGGUUCUUGUUGAGAAAUGAUGUUUGCGUAUGAAUUCAAAAGUAUUAUAAUGAAAACCCUUCUUAUGU